AUGGCCGACGCUCUCUCGCUGAUUCCGGCAGCCGUGCUUCGCAACCUUGCUGACAAGCUCUACGAGAAGCGUAAAAAUGCUGCACUUGAUAUUGAGGGGAUAGUGAAGCAGCUAGCUAGUGCUGGAGAUCAUGAUAAAAUAACGGCUGUGAUCAAUUUGUUGACUACAGAAUUUACUUAUUCACCACAAGCCAAUCAUCGGAAGGGAGGAUUGAUAGGAUUAGCAGCAGCAACUGUUGGGUUGAGUUCUGAAGCAGCUCAGCAUCUUGAGCAAAUUGUGCCCCCUGUGUUAAAUUCUUUCUCUGACCAAGAUAGCAGAGUUCGAUAUUAUGCUUGUGAAGCACUAUACAAUAUUGCCAAGGUUGUGAGAGGGGAUUUUAUUAUUUUCUUCAAUCAGAUCUUUGAUGCCCUAUGCAAGCUUUCUGCAGACUCAGAUGCCAACGUACAAAGUGCUGCUCACCUCUUAGACAGGCUUGUGAAGGAUAUUGUGACUGAAAGUGAUCAGUUCAGUAUUGAAGAAUUUAUACCACUGUUGAGGGAGCGGAUGAAUGUUUUGAAUCCAUAUGUCCGCCAGUUUUUGGUAGGAUGGAUUACUGUAUUGGACAGUGUCCCGGAUAUUGACAUGCUGGGGUUUCUUCCUGAUUUCCUUGAUGGCUUGUUUAAUAUGUUGAGUGAUUCAAGUCAUGAAAUACGUCAACAAGCUGAUUCAGCACUUUCAGAGUUUCUUCAAGAGAUUAAAAAUUCCCCAUCUGUAGAUUAUGGUCGCAUGGCUGAAAUCCUGGUACAGAGGGCUGGUUCUCAAGAUGAAUUUACUAGGCUAACAGCUAUCACAUGGAUAAAUGAAUUUGUCAAGCUUGGUGGGGACCAGCUUGUUCCAUACUAUGCUGAUAUUCUUGGAGCCAUUUUACCUUGUAUAUCAGAUAAAGAAGAGAAAAUAAGAGUUGUUGCUCGUGAAACCAAUGAAGAGCUACAGGCCCUGAAAGCAGAUCCAGCUGAAGCAUUUGAUGUAGGAGCUAUCCUCUCCAUUGCCAGGAGGGAAUUAUCUAGUGAAUGGGAGGGCACUCGAAUUGAAGCUUUGCACUGGUUGUCAACCCUUUUAAACAAAUAUCGUAAUGAGGUUUUACAAUAUCUGAAUGACAUAUUUGACACCUUGCUCAAGGCACUUUCAGAUCCAUCUGAUCAGGUUGUUCUUCUAGUUCUUGAUGUUCAUGCAUGCAUCGCAAAAGAUCCUCAGCAUUUUCGGCAGCUUGUUGUUUUCCUGAUGCACAAUUUCCGGGUAGACAAUUCCCUUUUGGAGAAACGGGGUGCUUUGAUAAUUCGCCGGCUUUGUGUGCUUUUGAACGCCGAGAGAGUCUACCGGGAACUUUCAACUAUACUAGAAGGGGAGUCUGACUUGGAUUUUGCUUCAAUUAUGGUCCAGGCAUUAAAUUUGAUAUUACUUACAUCAUCAGAACUAUCUGAGAUUAGAUACCUUUUGAAGCAAACGCUGGUCAAUCCUGCUGGGAAGGAUUUAUAUGUUUCUUUAUAUGCCUCCUGGUGUCAUUCUCCAAUGGCAAUUAUAAGUCUCUGCUUAUUAGCUCAGACUUACCAACAUGCCAGUGCUGUGAUCCAAUCUCUGGUUGAAGAGGAUGUUAACGUCAAAUUCCUAGUCCAGCUUGAUAAAUUGAUUCGCUUGCUGGAAACUCCAAUAUUUGCUUAUCUAAGAUUGCAGCUUCUCGAACCUGGACGAUAUCCAUGGCUGUUUAAAGCGUUGUAUGGUCUUCUGAUGUUGCUUCCUCAGCAAAGUGCCGCCUUCAAGAUUCUCAAAACUCGCUUAAAAGCCGUGCCCUCGUAUUCCUUCAAUGGUGAGCAAUUGAAGAAAACAUCCUCAGGGAAUACAUAUCAAUUUCUCCAUCAAAUGUCUGGUGGAUCUCAAAUCAGUGAGGAUGGUGACAUAGUCAUGGAUCGUGGGAACUCGGUCAAUGGGAUAAAUUUUGUUGCAAGGCUACAACAGUUUCAGCAAAUGCAGCACCAGCAUCGUGUGCAUUUGAAAACACAGGCACAGACGCGUAAAAAUUCCUCUUCCUCGUCAAAGGAGGCAGAGAGGCAGGAAGAACCAAAGCGACUUCAAUCGAGUGAGGUUAAUGUUGUUGCUCCUUCAAGAUCAUCUAAAAGAGCCCAGGGUAGCUAG